AUGACGGUCGAUAAGGAAGCACAAUACGAUAGACAGCUAAGGUUAUGGGCUACUUCUGGUCAACUGAAUUUAGAAAAUAGCCAUAUUGCUUUAAUCAAUGUUAGCGCUACAGGAUGUGAAGUAUUGAAAAACCUAAUAUUGCCCGGAAUUGGCAAAUAUACCGUUAUUGAUGAUCGGGUGGUGACUCAAGAACACUUGUCAUCGAAUUUCUUUCUCAGGUUGAAAGAUAUGGGUAAAAAAUUGGCUCAUUGUGUCAAGACAAAUUUGAAUGAGUUGAAUGCUGAUGUUGAAGGUUUUUCAAUUGAAAAAUCGCUUGAACAGAUAUUAGAGUAUGACAUUGAAUACAAAUUUUGGGAUCAGUUCCAUUGUGUUAUUGUUAGUAAUUAUACUCCUAAAUUGAAAAAUUUGAUUGCUUUACUUUGGGACAAACAUAUACCUUUGCUUGUGGUUAAUACAGUGGGGUUUUAUGGAUCAUUGAAUCUCAUUGCCAAUGAAACCACAGUUAUCGAAACUCAUGAUCCAUCAAAAUUGUUUGAUUUGAGAAUUGAUCAGCCAUGGCCAGAAUUGCAACAAUAUGCCGACUCUUUCAGAAUGGACGAAUUGAGCGAUCAAGAUCAUGCACAUGUGCCAUAUAUAGUCAUUUUUAUCAAGGCAUUGCAGUUUUGGAAACUUAAUCAUGAAGGUCGGCCACCAUCCACUUAUAAUGAGAAGAAAUCAUUUAAGAGUUUAGUUGAAUCCAUGUCGAGAAACAUCAAUUUGGAAACGAAUUUCAUUGAGGCUUUACAAUCGUGUCAUCGAGCUUUUCAAAAGACGGAAUUACCUCAAAGUAUACAGGCUCUAGUUGAAGCCAUUGAUUCUAGACCGAUUGAUGUAAAGACUUCAAUUUUCUGGAUUUAUAUUGCCGCAUUGAGGGAAUUUUUGAUAUUGAAUAACAAUAUUCUUCCCUUGCCGGGUAAACUACCUGAUAUGGCAUCGGAUACCAAAAAUUAUACAACGUUAUCGCGACUUUAUCGUGACAAGGCAAUUAAAGAUCAACAACUAUUUACCCAACAAGUUUACAAGAUACUAGAUCAAAUUGGCAAACCACGAGACUCGAUAAAUCCGGAAUCGAUUGCUACAUUUUGCAAAAAUACCCAUUUAUUAUUUGUCACCACGGGAUCUAAAAAUCUAGUCAAUGAUUCACUAUUGGCUAAUCUCAAUCCAUCAAGUGAUUUACUUGAUUCAAGCACUACUACUACAGCAACUACGGAAUCAGGUAUGAUUUCCAUCUAUGUCGCGAUACUAACAUUUAAUGCAUAUAUUGAACAAUACAAAGCACCACCAACAAUUGAUGACCUCCAUGAAUUUAUCUCAAUAUACCGAUCAAAAAUUUUAAAAUCGGGUACUACAGAUUCAGCUACACCGCCAAGAACACAAAUUCAACCAUCAACAUUGGAUGUUUUCAAGGAAAUUCUAAUGCACAAUUCAACCAAUUACCCAAAUUUGAGUAGUUUGAUGGGUGGUGUUGCUAGUCAAGAGAUUUUAAAAUUGACUACAGCUCAGUACAUUCCCUUGGAUAAUUUAUUCAUUUUUGAUGGUAUAAAAUCAACUAGUGAACGAUUCAAGAUUCAAUAA